CAACAAGUUACUCCGCAGAUUCAUUCGACUUUUUGGUGAAGACUUCCGUUUAACGUAAUAUGCCGGAUUGAGUGUGAAAUUUAACAUUCAUAUCAAGCCAUCAUGGCUUUGAAGUGGUUUUUCAUCUUUAUUUUUGUCAGCUAUUUGAAUACAGUGUCUCUUCAACCUAAGGUUGUGUAUAAACCAACUGAGUUUCCAUACUCAAAAUGUUCUGAAAAUGGUGUGAACCGAGUGAAUUGUGAAAAGCUUAAUAUGAGUUACGAUAGACAAGAUAAAGAGAGCGUGUGGCCACCAGGGCCAUACGCAAUACCAAUGUGUAAAUAUGGCUGUCCAGAAUCACAGUCUCGAGGAUGGUCGAAAAGCAUUUUAAAAGUCAAGAUGGUAGAAUUUAGUAAAAAUUCAGAAAGUGUCCCUACAGUGUUGGAUAGGUAUCGGGAACCCUAUACUUCAUUCAUAAAUGAUGACUAUUUUAAAUCGCCGCAUCGUAAAGAAAAUUGGACGCAUUUUCAUUUCUGCGUGAAAUUCCGUAAUGACAUUGCACUUGAUAGGGAACAAUGGAUUCCAGGAAACUACAGCAUUUAUAAGAUAGGAUCUUCAUGUCCUAUGGAAUUUGAAGAAUCCACUAGAACAUUUCCUGUCACUGAAUUUGUGUCGCACGGUCAUGUUCCAGAGAUUUUGGGGCAAUCUGAAAAACGCUUUAACUAA